AUGUCAGAAGACCUCUAUAAGUUGACCAUGCAGUCAGCCGUCCUCAAGUUCUUCCCAGAUGUCCAUGUCGAGUAUGCCUUCACGAACCGAACACCACAGAUGCGCUUGACCAAACAAGCCUUCGACUGGCUCCAAGAACAAGUGUCCAAGCUGGCAAACAUAGAGCUUCGAGACUCUGAGCUUGAUUUUCUGCAGCGGGAGUGCAAGUUCUUGAGUCCCGUGUACCUGCAGUAUCUGAGAAAAUUCAGAUUGCGGCCAGAAGAGCAAGUGCACCUGAGCUUUGAGAACGUCGAGGGUGAGUUCGGAGAUUUACACGUCGCUACGAAGGGGCUCUGGGUUGAGACAAUUCUAUACGAGAUACCACUGUUGGCGUUGACGAGUGAAGCGUACUUCAAGUUCGUGGAUCGGGAUUGGAAUCAUGAUGGUCAGGAAGAGCAGGCUUACCAGAAGGGUAUUCAGCUCUUCGAUGCUGGAUGUAUGGUGUCUGAGUUUGGUUCACGGCGCAGAAGAGAUCUUAAGACACAAGAUGUAGUGAUUGGGGGAUUGUGUAGAGCUUCGAAAGAGAAGGAGAGACCUGGCAAAUUGACAGGUUCGAGCAAUGUAUACUUGUCCAUGAAGCAUGGCAUACCGCCUGUCGGUACAGUUGCGCAUGAAUGGUAUAUGGGGAUUGCAUCUAUCACGAAUGACUAUGAGAACGCAAACGAGCUUGGUCUUGAUUACUGGUUGAAAUGCUUUGGUGAAGGAGUGCUAGGGAUUGCAUUGACGGACACGUUUGGUACGCCUGCGUUCUUCAAAGCGUUUAAGAAGAACAUACCCAGCGAUGCAGGCGACUCUUCGAAGACAUAUGCUCAGGUAUUCGCCGGCAUACGACAAGACUCAGGUGACCCGAAAGAGUAUGUGAAGAUGGCUGCAGAUUUCUAUGCUUCACAGGGGAUCACAGGGAAGACACUGGUAUUCUCCGACUCACUCAACACUGAGCGGUGCAAAGAGUACAAAGACAUCGCCGAGCAGCACGGCUUCAAGCCUUCCUUUGGUGUGGGUACAUUCUUCACGAAUGACUUCCACCAGUUGUCCAACCCCGACGCGAAAUCGAAGCCUUUGAAUAUUGUUAUUAAGAUCUCGAAAGCCAACGAGCGACCCUCAAUCAAGAUCUCUGACAACGUCGGCAAGAACACAGGAGACUCAGAUACUGUUUCGGAGGUGAAGCGACGACUCGGUUACACUGAGAAAGGUUGGCAGGAAGGGGACGAAUCUCGAAGAUGGUAG